AUGUUUAUUCGAUAUCUGCACUACUUUUUCGACGUUGAAGAACUUGCAUCCCAAGCAAACGUCGUUCAGCUUAUAAUGACUUUGAGAGUUAUCGGUCUUGCUUUCGAAGUCUCUGACUUUCGCUAUGCCAAAGCUCACCCAGAAUCGGUCACGAAGCCCAGAAGAUUUCUGGAAUCCGAGCCCAGUUUCUUGGAUGUUUUAAACUAUUUUUAUCACUUUGCUGGAUUAUUCACAGGCCCGUACUAUACUUAUCAAAUGUUGCUAGACUCACAAGACCCAGUCUUACUUACAAAAUGGUCACCUGUCCCGGAAAUUCGGGAAAGAGCAUUGCGCUUAUGUUGGAGUGGCCUGCGCUCCGAUGCUGUUUGGGAGAUGACUUUCCCCUACAGAUUAUUUUACGCUGCAGCAGUCUUUGUCGUAUUUCGUACUCGAGUUUAUAGCGCCUGGGCAGUAGCCGAAAGUAUGUGCGUUACCCUUGGGCUUGGAAUCUACCCCACCGAAUCAAAACCACGUACAGUGAUUGGACCCAUUGAUUUGGAAAAGUACAAAGAAUCGAAGGGCCGCUCAGAUAUUUGUUACAAUUCUGAAGCCAUCGUCAAUCUGGACAUACCUGAGGUAAGGCAGGAAUCGCUGUUUGUCUCUCCUUGUUUUCUCUGAAU